CUCAUUUGAUGGAGUGAGGAAUUCUCUCUCAGAUCUGAAAAAGAGACUCGAGGAAUUCUGUGAGGAGGAAUUCAACAAAAUCCCUCCACAUGGUAAGAGGAGCUGUUCCUGCUGGAGAAACACAGUGAUGUGUUAUUUCUUAGCGAUGCUCCUGCUUUCUUUUCUGCAGACACUUUAUUCACCCGACACUUUGAACUAAAACACUGAUUUAAAAUGAAUAAACUGACUGGAUCACUUUAAACUCUUUCCAUCUUUUACACAAACUCAUGUUUCUAUUUUUCUCUCCACAGCUGCAGCAGUUCAGAUCAUUUCAGAACCAGAACCACAGAGCAGAGAAGAGUUUCUGAAAUGUACAUCUAACACACACACACACACACACACACACACACACACACACACACACGUCUAGGCCUGUCAUGAUCAUAAAUUUUAUUGGAUGAGAUAUUGUCUCAGAAAUUAUUGCGAUAAACAAUAUUAUUCAAGACAAUUUUAUGCCACUAGUAAAAUAAUAAUGAUCAUGCAAAUACACCCUUUCAUAGAACAGUAAACUUUUUAAUUAAAUCAACUUAUUCAAUUCAACAGUGGAACGUAAACAAUAAAUAUGAAUAAAUAAGCUAAAGAAAUAAAACAACAAUCAAACAAAACCACUCACAACAAAAACAAUAAAUAAAAUACAAUUUAUGGCUCUUAAAAAUUGCACUGAAGUGAAUAUUAACUUGGCACAGGGUAAUAAAAAGACAUUCUUUUCUUCACAGGCAACAUUCUGCCAAUCCAGUUUCUCAAAGAUUAGUAGCCAGAUCAACAAAAAGUGCAAAGUAACAACGUAUUGCCAGCUGUCAUUUGGAUAAAAGUAACAACAAUUAGAACGAGAUAACAUGUAGGCAAGGGCGUAGGUUUGGUAUUAACAUUGGUGGGGACAAAAACCCAAUGCCAACCCCCAGUGGUGCCAACUUCAGGUCAACAUGAGAGGGUCACAAUAUUUUUCUCCGUUGUGUUCCACCAAAAGAGUCUCCAUCAUCUCUCCAAAGGCCAGACUUUUAACAUUUGAAGUUCAGAACUGUAGUAAUUCAUGAAUAAUAAUAAUAAUAAUAAUAAUAAUAAUAAUAAUAUGAUAUCCAGUUGAUUAACUGCAAAUCUUGCAUGUGAUGAUGAACUUAUUCUACCAAUUUGCAGAUGUGUUUUCCAAGCGAAUAGCGCACUGACUGUCGGGAGGGUGUAUGUUCCUUUCCCUCAUAAAUGGAAAUAAAACCCAUCCGGAGCCUUAAACACUGCGUUCCAUGAGGCUGGCAGGGGGAGUCGCUCUCUUCUGUGGGAUCUUUAACUAGUUUUAGAAUGCUAGUUUAAGCUGAUAUGUGAUUGAUCUAACGGUAAAACAGCACGAGGGCUCGAGAACUUUGACAGGUAACAAUUUUACUUGGCAACAGAAUGUAUCUGAAUUCUGAUUGGUUGUUAUAUUAUUGCCCUUUUGUUGUGUUCUUGAGCCCAGAGUGGGGGGAGGGGGGAGUGACAGGGUUCUACAGAGAAAAGUUUUCACUGCAACCGAACUUCCUCUUUUCGUGACCACGCCCCCUGCAUGGAUAUUCAUGUUCACAUUGUUCAGUUUGUUUUUCUCUUUUAUUUUAGAUUUCUGUUAUCUGACUCUGGAUCCCAACACGGCACAUCGUCGCCUCAUUCUGUCUGAGAAGAACAGAGCGGUGAGAUGCAGUGAGAGAGAGCAGCGUUACUCUGAUCAUCCAGAGAGAUUUGAUUACUGGCAGCAGGUGUUGUGUAAGGAGAGUAUGUGUGGACGCUGUUACUGGGAGGUGGAGUGGAGCCGUGCUGGUGUGUCCAUAUCAGUCUCAUAUAAAGACAUCAGCAGGAAAGGGCGGGGUACAGAGUGUCGGUUUGGACUCAACAAUCAGUCCUGGAGACUGUGGUGUUCUUCUUCUUCUCUCUCAUUCUGGCACAACAACAUUAAGACUGAUCUCAGAGUUCCAUCACCCUCCAGAAUAGGAGUGUAUGUGGAUCACAGUGCAGGAACUCUGUCCUUCUACAGCGUCUCUGACACGAUGAAGCUCCUCCACAGAGUCCACACCACAUUCACUCAGACUCUAUACGCUGGGUUCUGGUUCGACUUGCAUUCUACAGUGAGAUUGUGUGAUCCAGAAUAAAAGUGUGUAGUGUUUUCUGUAAAA